ACAAAAAAACAUAAGCUACCUCUUGAGUCAUUUCACAUCCAAGAAAAAAAAAAUGGUGGAACAUCAGAUGAAACCAGUGGCCUCUUUUCUUUUAGUUCUGAACUUUUGUAUGUAUGCCAUUGUUCUUGGAAUCGGCGCAUGGUCCAUGAACAAAGCUAUCAACCAUGGCUUCCUUAUUGGUGCGGAUUAUAGUCUUCCGGCUCAUUUCUCGCCGAUACAUUUCCCAAUGGGUAACGCGGCAACCGGAUUCUUCGUGACGUUUGCUUUAAUAGCUGGAGUUGCGGGAGCUGCCUCGGUUAUCUCUGGCGUCAGUCAUCUCCAGUCAUGGACUACAACGAGUCUCCCGGCAGCUGUAUCUGCCGCCACCAUUGCUUGGUCGCUCACACUUUUAGCCAUGGGAUUUGGCUGCAAGGAAAUUGAACUUGGGAUGAGAAAUGCUCGUCUGAGAACAAUGGAAGCAUUUCUAAUAAUACUUUCGGCAACACAACUUCUCUACAUUGCUGCUAUCUACGGAGUUCGAAAAUAAAUCCAAGAAAUCAUUUAAAUUCUUUACUUCUUUUUCUUUGUUUUGUAAUUUCAAUUCUUAUCCAAUUUGAUUGUUUGAAGAUGUAAUUGUGUGGUUUGAAUUUAUUUGAUUGGUUUCCACUGUAAAAA